CUGGCUGUCACAGAGGGCAAGUGGAUAUAACUUGAAGCCCUUCCACUUGGUGGAGCAGCAGAAAAAGAAAGAAAGGAACAAGGAACAGGAAAUCUAUAAAACCCUUGAUACCUGCACAAGUGGCGUAACUACCACACAGCAGACCCGGCAACCGGGGCAGAGACAGAUGGAUAACAACUCCCUAAAGAAGAAACUGAUCAGCAAAGUGGACUCCGCCAUGUUGGGCCGGCAAAGAAAACCUCAGGUUUCCAUUGUAUUUCUCUUCUGCCUGAUUUUUAUUUCUGGGUUUCUCUAUAGGUUUCUGUGGAUGAAACCAUUGGGGGAAAAUCCUCCUCUUAAGCUACAUAUAUCUCCACAAAAUAAAUCGAUUUCAGCACUGGAGAAAGAACCUCAGACCCCAAACACCACCCAAGGCACUGGGACUUCCUAUCCCACCGCAGCGGAGCAAGAACUUCAGACCCUGAUGAAGGUGAUUGAGUGGCCGGCGCCUCCGGGCCCCACAGAGUAUAAUUUCUCCACCAGUCCAUUGACCACAGAGUUCCAGCUGCUGUUCCCACGUGGCGCCUAUUAUGUUGGAGAAUAUGUAGAAGUUCUCAUCACAGCGCGGGACCACGGGGGCCGACCAAAAGCCUACGGAGGGGACUACUUUCAGGCCAAACUGCACUCCCCAACGCUGAAAGCAGGAGUAACCGGCUCAGUCACAGACCAUAGGAACGGCACCUACACGGCCUCCUUCCUGCUGCUCUGGCCGGGGCAAGUGGAGAUCUCCAUAAUUCUUGUCCAUUCAAGUGAGGCCAUAGCCGUCCUCAAAGACAAGAGGGAGACGCGUCCUGACAAGGUCUACUUCAAUGGAUACUUUCAUGGGACUGGAGAAGUGGUGGAGUGUAACUUGAACCCCCCGGCAAGAAAUGUCUGUGAGUAUCAUGACGCAUAUACAGGAGAAUCGUGGUUCUGCAUUCACCCAAAGCAAGUUCCCUGCAGCGCUUACAAGGGUACCGCCACAGGAGGAAGCCGGGAAAUCCACACUCCAGAAGAAGCGAGAUUGUUAGACAAGUCUGUGAAGGAGAAACUCAUUUCAUCCAAAGUUAAACCAUUUGUCGUCUUAUCUCCAGCAAUCAGUGUAGAUUCUAGAGCCAAUUGUUCUUCCGGCCUUCCCAAUCCAGAACCAUCAGGGUUCUACUACCAAGACAUCUGGUAUUCGCGUGUGUGCAAGAACAGGGCUUUCCCUCAUCCGGACAAUGUUACCAAGUGUCUGACAGGGAAGAUCAUGUACAUGUUUGGGGACUCAACUACUAAACAGUGGUUUGAAUUUCUGUUGCGUUUUGUACCAUCUCUACAGCGACAAGACCUCCAUGCACAGUUCCCGGCCCCCCAACUGGCCGUAGACAUGAGCAACAAGUUUGCGAUUCAGUGGCAGAUGCACGAGAAGCCUCUGCUGAUACUGUAUGGCGACAGACAAGAAGUCCAUUAUGUUGCCACCGAGCUGGAGAGGAUCGGGAGCAACAAAGAGGGGCUGCUGGUUGUUAUAAACUGCAUGGCCCAUUUUGUUACUUUCCCUGUGAAGGUUUAUGUCCGACGGCUCCAGGGCAUCCGUGAUUCUGUAGUGCGGCUAAUGAAGCGCAACCCACUAGCCAAGGUCUUCAUCAAGUCUGCUAACACUGGAUACGUAUACACCCACAGCAGUGAUUGGCUGUCCCUUCAGCUGGACCUGGUAAUGAGGGCCAUGUUCUCCGGGCUGCCUGUUACUAUACUGGACACUUGGCAGAUGACCUCCUGCCAUUACCUACCCCGAGACAUCCAUCCGGGCCCAGUUAUUGUCAAGAAUGAGGUUGACUUAUUAUUGUCUUUCAUCUGCCCAACGUGAGAUUUAUUAGUACCAAAGAGCAGUGGGGCCACAAAAAAAAAAUUCAGGUGAAUUAUGACUUUUAAUCUGCUCUGUGCCCUCUUUUCUCUGACCAUUUCUUCUUCCAUCGCUUCUCCCCAUUCCCAAAUGUGAGACUUCUCCUGAGCUUCUUCCCUUCACUGAACUUCCUGUCCUGGCCUAUCUGAGUCUCUAUCUCUUCAAAUGCCCCUACAGAACCACCUUUUGGAAUAUGAUGAUGGUGAUGAUGAUGAUGAUGAUGAUAAAGUAUAUGAUGAUGAUGCAAAGGAAAGAGGAAAAAACAAAAGGUCACUAAUAAACCAUUUAUGUGGCAUAAAUA